UAAGGUAAAAUUCCAUUUCCUUCAUUCAUCUUCUACAGCAGAAACAAUCCCCUUUGUUUCUUCUCCCUUGCCCAAAUCGAAAUUUGCAAAGCACUUUCAUCGUCUUCUUCCUCUUCCGUUAAAAUUCCAAUUCCACACACUCACGCGUGACACGUCACCGACCUUCACUCUGCUGCUUCCAGCUACUUAUGCCUCCUCUCCCACUCCCAUACUCGUUUUUUCCCGCUAACCUCACCCGCGUCGCCGUCACCGCCCAGCCAGAGAGAGACCCCUACCGCGAUCGCUCGCUCUCACACCGUCCAUGCGCCCCCGCGCGCGUUCCCUCGCAUUCGCUGGAUAAAUGCGUGUCACUAUCGAUCUAGGGUUUCGGAGCCUGGUCCUCGUCGCCGUGGUCUGCCUCGUCUUGCCGGCGAUCAGCUUCGUUCUCCGUCGCAGGUUGCGGCGCGCGGAGGCCAGGGCGGAGGAGAUCAAGCGGCUGCUUGUUCUCGCCGAGGAGGAGACCGUUAGGGCCGAGACCGAGGCUUCGUAUUACCGGUACGGGGUCGUUUCGGCCCCGAAGAACAAAGUAUGCGCCGUGUGUUUCUCUCCCACCACUACACGUUGCGCUAGGUGCAAAGCGGUUCACUACUGUUCUGGAAAGUGCCAAAUUGUUCAUUGGCGUCAAGGUCACAAAGAAGAAUGCCAUCCUGCCAUCGCAACUUGCCAGUCUGAUGACUUGGUUAGUGAUCUUGGAAAGAACGUGGCAGAUCCUGAUGCUCGCAGAAUCCAUGAACAGAGGUCUCAGACUGAAAGCACAAAGUAUGCAACAGCAUUUGAGAAUCCCUUGUUGUCUGAAAAGAGCCGUUCUAAUAUUUCACGAGCAAAUGGUGAUAGUGCAAGAGAUGACUCUCUUCAAGAGGGAAAUGUUACAGGCUCUAAUUCUGAAUUAUCCAGUAAUUCAUUUUCUGGAUUCUCAGCAUCCACCGGUGCCAGUGAAUCAUCUGAUGAUUCUUCUGUCUGUGAGAGUGUCAUCUCAAAUGAACACGAUAGAUCUGAGGGACAUAUUUUUGUGAAUCACGCCCAUGACACUUCUGAUACCACUUCAAGUCAUAGCAACAUUGAUGAAUCCAUUCCAUUAUCACCUAAGUUUGUUAGCUUGGUCGAUUCAGUAGAUGAUUAUCCAGAAAUGCAUAAAUUAUAUCAAGUUACACCUGGUUCGGGAAAAGAAGAGAGUAAGCUCACAUCAUCAGAUAGCAGUUCUGGUUUGCGUAUGCGGAAAAGAUCAACAAUUGAGCCUUCCACAGUGUCUUCUGGAUUCAGGAAUGAAACACUUGAUUCAACAAGGUUAAAAGAUGACUCUAAUAGUGACCAUCGUCCAUCCCAGGGUGAUUCUUCUCCAAAGUCAGUUGAGAACAAUAUGCUGGGAUCAUCAUCUUCAGAGAAAAAUAUAGCUGAUUCUUCAGGUUGUGCCGAUGCUGUGAGCGUCCAUAAUUUGCAAACAGUUGGUUCUAGGGUAUCAAAUCAUGUUAUCAACCCUAGUAGCACCUUGGAGUUAGCUGAAAGUAUACGUCAGUCAUUUGCUGAUACGAAAUGUGGGAAUAAAGGCAUCCAGUCUGGAACUGUUACUUCAUCUAGGGUUGUUGGCUCUCCAAAGUCUAAGAAUGACCUAGAAACAUCUGUCCUGAAAGCUUCUGAUCAGUUUAGAGGAUCAAAAUCAUCUAAACCUUUCCCAUUAGCAGUUGGGAGUAAUAUCACUGGAAAAUAUAGUGACAAGGGUCAUUUUCCAUAUGAUUUGUUUGUCAAGCUUUUUAACUUGAACAGAGUGCAGUUGCAACCAUUUGGUCUCGUAAACUGUGGAAACAGCUGUUAUGCUAAUGCUGUACUCCAGUGCUUGGCUUUUACACCACCCCUGACUGCUUAUUUACUUCAAGGACUUCAUUCUAAAUCAUGUGCAAAUAAAAAGUGGUGUUUCACUUGUGAGUUUGAAAGUUUGAUUUUGAAGUCAAAAGACACAAAAUCUCCCAUCUCACCUGUGGGCUUACUCUCUCAACUACAGAAUAUUGGGAGUCAACUUGGUAAUGGAAGGGAAGAAGAUGCACAUGAGUUUCUAAGGCUUGCUGUUGAGACAAUGCAAUCUGUCUGCCUUAUGGAUUCUGGGGAUAAAACAUCAGACUCAUUAAAAGAGGAAACCAAUUUAAUGGGCCUAACUUUUGGAGGAUAUCUUCAAUCAAAGAUAAAAUGCAUGAAGUGUGGAGGGAAAUCUGAGCGUCAAGAAAGGAUGAUGGAUCUGACUGUUGAGAUAGAUGGGGAGAUAGCAACCCUGGAGGAUGCCCUUCGACAGUUUACAACUGCUGAGACUCUGGAUGGGGAAAACAAGUACAACUGUGUCAGGUGCAAGUCUUACGAGAAGGCUAAGAAGAGGAUGACAGUUUUGGAGGCACCUAAUGUUCUUACAAUUGCAUUAAAGAGAUUUAAGUCAGGAAAAUUUGGGAAGCUCAAUAAACCUAUCCAGUUUCCUGAAAUACUUGACUUGGCACCUUUUAUGAGUGGGACUAGUGAUUUGGCUAUAUACAGGCUAUAUGGGGUAGUUGUUCACCUGGAUACUAUGAAUACUACUUUUUCGGGUCACUAUGUUUGCUAUGUGAAGAAUUUUCAAGGCAGGUGGUUCAAGGUUGAUGAUAGCGUGGUGACAUCUGUUGAAUUGGAAAGCGUCUUGGCAAAAGGAGCAUACAUGCUUUUCUAUGCAAGGUGCUCACCUAGGGCCCCUAGAUUAAUCAGGAACAGUAUAGUAUCUUCAGAUUUAAAAUGGAAAGUCAAUGGAAAAACUGCCGUAGUGAAGGGACGACUAUCUACUGUUUCUGGUGCUGGAGUUAAUUUGACUUCUGUAGAUGGUUCACCUUCCUUUGAUGUCUAUUCAAAGUUUCUCCGCCAGAGAAGGAUUUUGGAAGAAGAUUCAUCAAGUGAUAAUUCAUCCCUUAUAAGCAGCAAUUCUGACGAAGGUUCUUGCAGUACAGAUAGCACGAGUGAUUCAACCAGUACGGAUGACUUUGCUGAUUAUAUUUUUGGUGAUUUGGGACGCGGCUCAGGCAGCAUGUUUAGAAAUUCAGACUCCAAGAUUGCCCCUUCAUUGUCGUCUUCUCCCCACUCUAGAUAUUUUCCCUCUUUUGAUAUUUGACCCACAUGAUUCAGUUUUGCUGCAUUCAACUGGGUUCCAACCACCUCCCCGAAGUUCAAAGGUGGAGAUAGAUGGUGUUUUGUACAGGAACAUGCUUGGUAGAUAGUUAAAGGAAUGGUGGAGGUGUUUGCCCUUUUUGAUCCUGACAUAAUGAUAGAGCAUAGGAAUAGGAAGUUAGAUAAAAGUGGUAGGACUGGCGUUAGUUUUAGGGAGACUGACUCUGUACAGGGAGCAGGAUAGAAAUUGUGGUGUAUCUUGCUUGUAUAAAGUCAAGUUAUACAAAGGUUGGGAUGCCCUGAACCGUAGCCGUAAAUAAUAAUAUAUUUGUAGGUUAGGCUGCUCUCAUUCUCACCAAGUCCCAAAUCAUUUAAUUGUUUCGACACAUAAAGAUUACUGUCAUAUUUUUCUGUUUCUUUUGUAAAUCAAAAACAUUUGAGAUAUUCAGUAACAAACAAUAUACUGCUUCUGUUUC